GAAGUGUUAGUAGUGACUGUAAGCCGUUCGAUGAGUUUAUUUUUGGCACAGAGAGGCCCCUCGCUGGUUGGAUGGCUGAUGUGGGUGACAGGAGCGAAAACACUGGCCCCGAAGAGCACGGAGGACGUCGAUGCAAUCGUGCUACGGAACUCGUUACGGAACUCGUAGUUAGUAGGCAAGCCAGAAACAUAAUUAAAAUAAAAGUGUGCGAGGGUGUGAGUAGCGGGUCGCUCUGACCACCUACGCACUGCCGGCUAAUUAUGGUUGAAACAUUCUUGUUGUAAUAAAUUACAUCUUCAGAUGAAACCGAUGCUAGCGUUGUGUUGGUGUGGCCGUGGAAUUGGGGACAACAACUCACCCAGUUGGGCAAGCGAAAAAUUCAAAUGAAUUGUUAUGAAAGCUACCCUUGAGAAUGGAAAUGAAAAUUGGAAACAUUACAUAUAGUGUAAUUAAACUAAAAACAGGACUAACAAACAAAUGCUUACGAAAUUCCCACUAACUGUUGCCUGUACCAGGAAACUUUUAUCACUGCUUAGUGAUACUGCUUUUUGCUUGGGGUUUAUAAAAUUCCUAAAAAACAAUAAACCUUUCCAAUUUCUAUACUGUUACUCUUCUUUUUUGUGAAAAAAACUAUUCUUAUUCUGUCAGUUCAGAUGACAGAAUAGCAACAUAUUGGAGAGGUGAAACCGUUCAUUAGUCAUCUUUCACUAGCUAGAGUGAUGAGAUUUUGAAAUUGUUUUCAAUAUCGUCCAAAAACAUUUCUGACUAAUUGACAAUUAACAUACUUCCGUCCUGAGCUACUUUUUCUACAAAAAAAUCUAGAAUUGUGUCGUAAAAACUAGGCUACGCGAUAAAACGAACAAAGUCAAUGCGUAAUGAAACACACGAGAAAAAACGGUCACAAAUACCAAUUGGCGUUAUUGUUCCGGUUAUGAGUUUGUAAAGAAGUAAAACCCACUAAACUAACCCUCGGCCUUGCCCGACGGAGACGAGACGACAAAAAAACAAACAAAACAAUCCUUCCGCUGACGACGAUUACAAACAAGCACGACGAGACAAACCCCCACCAAAAGGUGUACGUGAGUGGGGAAAAACAACAACAUAUUAUAUUGCAAAGACUGGCGCUACGUAGCCAAUCGAACGGAACGAAAAUGAGAACGCAAAAUAGGGGCGACCGGUAAUAAAGUGCAAAACAAAAGCAACUUACAUUCAGACGACUAAUUUCGCUGACAAAAGCAAACACUCGCACCCAAUGCUUCCCUUGGCAGCGGGCGGUCAGUACUGCGGUGACCACAGUUGGGUUUAUUAAUUUGCCAGUUGCUCGCCGGCUUAAUAGCUCGUUAAACGUCGCGCGCCCGCCCAGACCAGUGAAGCCGGGCAUCGGGCCGACAGUUCGCAUCAUGCACAUUCGCCACAGUCAUUUAAUCCUGUACCUUACCGUUGUUGGUGGGUUUGUGGUUGCCGCGGAUUUUCCACCCCAGCGGCACAGCCCGAAACGCGCUCGGAAGCAAUCGCAAACCGCGAUCCUGCAAUCGGUCGGUAAGCGAUCGCACGGUAACCGAGACGCGUUGGUUUCGCUGUCCGAGGAGCUGGAGAUGGUGGCUGCCGCAGAAGCGACGACCGUCUCCAGCAAGAAAGCAUCGCCAGCGGCGGUUGCAACGCCCGGGAAUGCCACCGCAGCAGCAGCAGCACCUGUCAUCACGACCACAACGGAAAGUGAUUUGUUUCGGUCGUACAUGCAAACGCACCGCAAGAAGUACUACGCCAAGUAUCGGGCCGACCGGAGACGGUCCGCGCUGAUGGAAAACAUGCAGGAGAUCCAGGAGCACAACAAAGCGUACGAGGCCGGCAGCAAUCGAUUCCGCAUGGCACCGAACGCGUUCGCCGACAUGCACAACAGCGAGUACCGCAAGCGCCUGGUACGGCUGAAGACGGACCCGCACCGGAAGGUGGAGCCGGCGGUCGCGGACGAGAUCGUCAGCAGCAGCAACGAGCUGCCGGCGGAGCUCGACUGGCGCGAGAAGGGCUUCAAAACGGCACCGGCCAAUCAAAAGACCUGCGGCUCCUGUUACGCCUUCAGCGUGGCGUACGCCAUAUCGGCCCAGCUAAUGAAACACAUCGGCCGGGUGGAGCUGGUGAGCGAGCAGCAGAUGGUGGACUGUUCCACCGCGAACGGCAACUUGGGCUGCGGUGGUGGUUCGCUGCGAAACACGCUAAAGUAUCUGGAGCAGGCGGGCGGGGUGAUGCGCGAGGUGGACUAUCCGUACACGUCUUCGGUAAGUGUUGUUUACCCCACAGAGGCCGUAAGCAGAGGCCGGGGUAAAGGUGGUAUAUCAAAACGGGGUCAUCAUUGUAUUUGAAAUCAGAAAACAUUUGCUCAGUUUUGGUGUGUUGUUGUGCUGUGCUGAAGAAGAGGUUCCUCGUCAACACAACACACACCCUGGGGGGGGCAAAAGUAACACUUUUCAGCUAAUUUGCCUAUGUCGCGGUUGGACAGCAACCUACCUGAAUGCACUUCACGCAAGUGGUGGCGCCCGAUGCAAAGGGGCAAACAACAAAUGAGCGCAUCAUUUAUUUACUGCAUUUUUUGUCGAGUGCUAAUUGCCCACUUGACUGUACUGACCACACCAUCCACCGCUGAGGAUGGGCUCGGUAGUGAUGGGUGGUGGAGGACGUGAAGCUGCACUUUAAGAUGAACGACUGCAGCGGGACAAAAGCAGCAAAGCAAACCGAGGGCUGCGACGGAAACAACGGAAAGAGACAAAGAGUUAUGGCCGUACCGAUUCCACCGAAUUGCAUCAUUGUGUCGCUUAUCGUAAUUGAUGAUAUUCGUAAGUACUUUCCUUCGACAUGAUCUUGCGCGAGACAAUAACCCACACACACACACACACGCACACUUAUAAAUAUAUCUUAAACACUUUGCAGGGUGAGAGAGAGAGACAGAGAGUUGUGGCGUAGCAACGGGGUAAAUUAUGAACCCGAAGUUCUCAUCAUUGCCAUCCCGAACGGCAUCAACGAACGACAAACACACCAAACGGGAGACAAAAACGGGGACGGGGAUGCUUCUCGAGGUGAUUGCAACGCUUAUGCAGCUUCCUGCCCGUUUUGGAUGAAUUUAUUGGCCCAUUUUACUUUUGUCUGUUUUUCGCUUUUACUUCCAUUUCGGACGCCUUGCUUGCUUUAAGCGCUACCAGCAAAUGCGGCGGAAAUGCAACAAUAUGGUGCCGGUGCCUUGCUGCAAUCGCCCGAGCUGAACGUGUACGACCGUUACGACCCGUUACUCUACCGACAGCGACGCCCGCCAACCUGCUUGCCUGACGUACAUAAUUUAAUGCACCUGCAGCUGCAUCGAAAACACAAAGCCCCAGCCAGACAACACGCUGACGCUGAGUGCAUUGUUGCAGUUUACGCCUACCUACCUAUCGGUCUACCAAUCGGUCGUGGCGGGAUCUAUAAAUAAGUUGACGGGCGUCUCGGAACAGCAACACAACCGAGCACCGUCACCGGGAUGACUGAUAACAAUCAGUGUCACGCCAUCAAAGCUGCCCACCCCCCCCCCCCCCCCACCCACCCACGUGAGGAGAAGGGAAAUCAAUUCCAGAAGGCCCCCGGGGGAAGAUGGUUUGGCAUUCCAAUUAAACCUCAAUAAACAGUUCCCCCGCUUAUCAGUGGGCGGCGGCAGGCUGGUGUUCCCGUUGCUGGUGAAAGACAUGCCCAUUAAGCCAUGUGUUGCUGUGGGCCGUUUGUCGGACUUCAUUAGAGCAUUAUGUUUGAGGUGAAAUAACAAAAAAGGGAAGAAUCCAAGGAUGUAUGCAUUUUAAUGAGCUUGCAAUGUGGGUAUAAGCAGCUUUGCCAUAAUCCUCGCUGAUGUAGGUUCCAGUGAAACAAAUCCAUUUAAACGUUCUUUGUGAGAUGUUUUUGGAAAAAAGGUGUUAUCUUGCUCCUUUCUUAUUAGAUUACAGAUUGAAAAUGUUCGAUUCGAUCUACCCAAUAGGAGUAGUAGUAGGAUAGGAGUCAUAAAACGAAUGUUUGGUAAAACAAAAGCUUUAGCGAACUUUCUCAAUACUGAAUGGGGACAUAUGCUCGUCUACAACAUAAUUGCCUUGUAAUAUCAUCUAAAAAAGAAUAAAUCGCAAUGGAUUACUUUCUGUUUACUCGCGCGUCUAAUGAUCACACACACACACAAUUCACUUUCGACCAUAGAAAAUCGUCUUACGGUGGAACCCGCAAGCAAUGAGCAUCACUCGACCUGCAAAAACGCAUCGUAAAAACGCCUACAGCAACAAGCGACCCUCAUAAUUCCCGCGCCAAACAGCAUCGACACAGACAGCCCGAGGAGAGAGCCAGCCACAAGAGUAUGAAAAUAAAUAGAGUAUGAAAUCGUCAGCUUCAUGCUUGAUGGCGAAUAAAGAGAUCUGCGCUGAUAAACAAAUGCUCCGAUUCCCAGCGCUUGGGCGCUUGGGCGCUGUCCCGCGGCCUUCCAUUUUGCGGCCGGAAGGACUAGGCAGAUAAAAAUGCACCCUCCGGCCCGGCAACAUAUUCUACGAAAUGGAACGCCAUGAAACUCUGCCCCAAAAAAUAACAAAAAAAUCUAAAGCACCCUGUGUGAUCCCAAAAAUAUAGCGAUGAAAGCAUGAAAUUGUACUGUGAAGCUUAUCAUAGGCAUAUCACGAGCAGUAGCGAGAGAGUUGGCAGAAAAAUAAAAGCUUCCUUUUGUUUGAUCAGGACGGGUGGGCUCACAACAAAAAAAUGUCAUCCUUACUUAGCCGCUCUGGUGCUGGUACACUCUGCUGCUAAGUGCACGAUCAGCAGGAAGCAGACCCACACGCAGAACAAGCCGGGGUAGAUAUGAAGGCCGAGAUUUGUAUGAAAAAAAGGGGGAAAAAUGGUGCGCAAUGAGACAUAUUUUAGCACAACCAUCCCCCUAUCCCCGUUCCGUUGCCGUCCCUUUGGUGGCACCGUAAUCAAACGAUCAAACGAUUCCCCACAGUGGCACGUGCAUGAGCACGCCCCCGGUUAAAAUGUAACGUAAUUUAAGAGCCGUUUCCUAAUGAGCUGGAAGAUGAUGGAUUUGCGUGCCCUUGCUUGACCGCAAUGCGUUGAAGUUCCUGGAAGGAUGGCCGCCUUUCUGGCUGUGGUUGCGGUAAAGGGAUGUGUGGUAUUGCAAUUUAAAGAUAGAACCACCACAAUUUGCAACCAUUUCCCACUGAUCACUUAUCCAUUUUCGGUGUGCUCGUGUCGUUUCAGCCUGUCUAGACCGGGUCUGGCCAACUUUCGCUCGGAUCAGUUUUUUUUGUGUAUGCCCAGGAGCAACUAUUGAUUGGCUUUUUCUGCCUGUGCCAAACGCACGUGCCAUUGCACGUUGAUUUCCACCCCCACGAUCAAAGGCAGCAGCGACCUUUCCCGCGCCCGACUCGAACCAUCCAAAGCAAAGGCGUAAAAGCUUCACCUCUUAAGCUUAACUGUGCGGCGCAAGUUUUGCAAGAAAUCAAUUGUCAACGCACGGUGAUGAUGCCUUUGAAGCCCAAACGGGUCACCAAACCUUUCAAGUCUGCGCAG